AAUUGAUGAUCAUUUGAAAUAUCUUCGUAGAGAAAAAAAAAGGGCACCAGGUGACGAAGACAAAUCUCUUUAUGAUGAUGAAAUUGAGAAAGAAUAUAUUGAAGAAAUUAAAAGGUUACAUGUAGAUAAAAAACAGCUUAGAGAUGAAAUCAGCAUUAUAACAACACGUGAAGACGUGCCACUUUAUUUUUAUAAAGACGAAAACAAUGAUGAUACAAUACCCAUAUUUGAAAAAGCAGAAUCUGAAGACAUGCCGCUUUAUUUUUAUGAAGACGAAACCAAUGAUAAUACGACACCCGUAUUUGAAAGAGCAGAUUCUGAAGACAUGCCACUUUAUUUUUAUGAAGAUGAAGACAAUGAUGAAAGAGCAGAAUCUGAAGACAUUUAUUUUUAUGAAGACAAAAACAAUGAUGAUACAACACCUGUAUUUGAAAGAGCAGAAUCUGAAGACAUUUAUUUUUAUGAAGAUGGAAACAAUUAUGAUACAACACCCGCAUUUGAAAGAGCAAAAUCUGAAGACAUGCCACUUUUUUUUAUGAAGACAAAAACAAAGCUAUUUUACUUUUAUAAAAAGUGUUCCAUUGCGUAUUAUCUAUAUUUUAUAGACUUUACGAGUUCAUUGAAGAACAUUUCGGCAUAUUACUAUGCGCCAAAACGUGCAUAA